AUGUCCCCGCCAGCCACCGAAUCCGAAGACCCCAUGGCGCGCCUCCCACCGAACCUCGUCGCGCGUUUCACGCAGGCGCUGAAGACCUACCAGCUCUCGAACAGUACAUUCCGCGUGCUCUGCUCGUUGCCCGCCACGCCUGCACCCACACACGCAGCAGCAUCCCUCGAUACCCGGUCGGUUUUGACACCGCUGCCGCCGCACCAUCCGACGAAGUCUAUAUUAGUCCUCGACUCCUCGUUCAACCCGCCCACGCUCGCGCACCAGCGCAUGGCGCUCUCCGCGCUGGCGGACCCGCGGUACGGCGGUGCCGGUGAAGACUCAGAAGACGGCCGACAGCAGUCGCGCCUCCUCCUGCUCCUCGCGAUCAACAACGCCGACAAGGCACCCAAGCCCGCGGCCUUCCCGCAGCGGCUCGCCAUGAUGUACGUGUUUGCGCAGGACCUGCUGGCAGCGGCCGCCGCAGCAACAACAACCCAGAACCAAGAAGAAUAUUGCAAUGGAAAUGAAGGAGAAAGAGACGAAUCAACACCAGGAAGGAGUCCCCCCGGCUGCGCGGCCGUAGACAUAGCCGUAGACAUAGCCGUGACGACCGAGCCCUACUUCCACGCCAAGAGCAACGCCAUCUCGACCUGCGAUUUCUACCGUGGUACUACUCUAGCCACCUCCUCCACCACCACUACCACCUCGCACACAUCCUCCCGUCAAGAAGCACACCAACAACAAUCACAACAAUCACCCCAAGCACCAGAACAAAUCUACCUAACAGGCUUCGACACCCUAAUCCGCAUCUUCGACCCCAAGUACUACCCCUCCGCAGCAGACGGCGGGAUCGCAUCUGCCCUAGACCCGUUCUUUGCGCACGCGCGACUGCGCGUCACCACGCGGCCCGACCCUUCGUGGGGCGAUGUCCCCGCGCAGCGCGCCUACUUAGCCCGCCUACGAGACGGCGAACUAACGAGAAUGGGCGGCCGCGCGGAGUGGGCGGACAGGGUCGAGAUGGUGGACGGCGGGGAGGGGGAGGAGGAGGAGACGGCGGUGAGUAGCACCAAGGUCCGGGACGCGGUGCUGAGGGCGGACUGGGAGGCCUUGGGCCGGCUGGUGAGUCCGGGGGUGCGGGCUUGGGUUAGGGGGCAGGGGCUUUACGGGGAAGGGGAAGGGGAAGGGGAAGACGGCGCCCGGUGA